UAGCGCUCUGCCCUGCCCAUGGAGCGAAUCCAUAUUUGAGAGGCUGUUUCAACUGGCUUUCUUCUCGCCGCUGAUGAAGGUCAUUAUUGACCACCCGUCGAUCGUAAGGCAUCAUGCCUCCAGACCAAGGAGAAGAAUACCCUCUGCCGCGCUUUUCCAGACCGACCCCCCGCGAUCCCGACCGGCCGCAGACGUCGUGGAGCCCAUUUGACCUGAACCCGACUGACUCCGAGCGUUCCUACAUCCGCUAUGACCGCGCACCCUCCUCGCACGAAGAACAGGACAUAACCGCCCAUGGGGACUCUUCUUCCACGGUGGGCUUAGGAAUCCAAAAUGCAAGGCGCAGGCCAGCGUCUAUCCACUUCAGUGAGGUGCUAGGCGAGUCCCAUCCCGGCGGAGAAUGGCGCUCGCCGCGACAGUCAGACCUGCAAACGCCGCGGUCGCACACCUCGAAAACACCUCUUCUGGACAGUGAGGUCCGAUGUCCUCACAAAAAAGCCAUCGCACAGCAGUGGUAUCGAUGGGUUCCAAUCACGAUUCUGGUGUUGGCGGUAUAUGUCACCAUAUGGUCGGGGAUCUAUUUUAUUGUCGCCUGCGUGAGACCGCGAUAUGGCAGCUUGAUCGGGGUCAAUGGCCGGUUGUCAGCUUCGACCGCCAAUCUACUCAGUGCACUAUUUGCGAAGAUGACUGAAUUGGCGUACGUGACUGUGUUUGUCGCCUGCCUGGGCCAGUUCCUGAGCCGACGCGCUCUCCGAAAGAAUUCGCACGGCAUCUCCAUUUCCGAUAUGAGUAUGCGGACGUGGAUUAUGCAGCCGGGCUCAAUGAUCGUUCACUGGGAAACGCUGCGCUAUUCGGCCUUGACAUUUCUCGGUGCCAUGACGCUCACAGCAACUCUCAUUGCCAUGCUGUAUACCACCGCCACCGAGGCGUUAGUCUCGCCGAAAUUGCUCGAGGGAGUCCACAAGGAUACAAUUCUCAAGAGCGAUGUCUUCACUGACUUCUUCAACCCAGUUUACGCCGGUCAGAACUGCCAAACACCGAUCCCCGAACAGUUCGAUCCGUUAUACAGAAACACAACUUGUCUCCAAAUGCAACAUGUCGGACAGGCGUACCACAACUAUGUUGCUUAUAUUAGUAAGUGGAGCCAGAUGGUUGCGGAUAAUGAUCGCGCAUCCGAUGAACUAGAACAGCGACCUCCUCCCACGGGGUCGAUCCAUGACAAUACGACGGUAAUAGGAAGUUGGAUCGAUCGUAGCAAUAUGACAGAACUUUCCUUGCGCUACAAACGAAUGGUUCUCAACGUGACGGCUGCAAUGCCUCAUGCCGGAGUUCUGGCUGCCACAAAAAAUCCCAUCAACAAGGUCAAACAGCCCCAGAAUUCGUCGGAAGGACAAUUCGACAUGAUUGCUUCUGUCCCAUGUCCUGCAAUUAACGUACUUUGUGUCAGCAUGACCGCCAAUGAACUAGAACCGCUCGUCUAUGACCUGUGGCCGAAUAAGAAAUUUAACCUCACGGAAUGGGAUAACACGAUCAAGACAUUACCGAUUUAUCCGGAGUGGCUGAACCGCACCAUUGUCGACGAUAUCUUUCUUUGGGGGCCAGAGUAUGGCUGGCGUCCACCAAUCUUCGGUAAGCUCCCUAACGAAAACGAGACGAUUGUCAAUGGUACGACGGCGUUUGGGAAUGCACUACACCUCUUAGGAAAGCCCCCAAAUGCCUCCAGGAGCGACUAUGUAUUAUGCUCGAUGAAGGCCAAAAAGUCACCGCGUUGCUCCGUGAGAUACGCCGCAUCGGCCAGUGGAGCGAGGUUUAGCACAGACUGUGAGAAACCGGGGAAUGAAUGGCAGUAUGAUCGGUGGUUUCCGGACGCCGUAGACGGUAACUGGAGUUUGGACUGGAAAAACGUUGGAUCGGAAUGGGCAAAUUCCCUGAGCUUGAACGCGGGCAUUAACGACGGCAAGGCCAGUAAUGCGCGACAGCUGAUGCAGCUUACCCCAUCCGGAUACUCACUUGAACCCGGUCUGCCGUCUUUAGCUGAGGCACUGGCUGUAAUGGCCGGUAGCACGUUGAUAAUGGGGACGGAGAACGCAACCUUUCUUCACUAUUGGAAUCACUCCGAUGCCACCCUGCUGGAGCCCGAGACUCAGUACUUUAACGCCUCCAUGAGCGUUGUUGAGUACCAAUCCAGCGGGACUGAACGAUGGCAAUCUAUAUUUUACCCAGUCCUGCUCCUCACGUUCGCCACCAGUGUCCUGUGCCUUCUAUAUCUGCUGGGCGAAAGAGGCCGGCAGCUCACCGACUUCACAGAGCCGCAAAACCUGUUCGCUUUGGCCAUCAACAGUCCGGCCACAUCCCGCUUAGAAGGCGCCUGUGGUGCUGGCCCUCAAGGCCAACAUUUCACGGAGAAGUGGUACGUGGGUAUGGAAGAGGACGAUGAGCAUUAUUAUAUCCGGACCAAGGCGGAGGAAAACACCCCGCUGGUUUCAAUGACAAAAGUGUCGAUGGAAUCCGAAGGCCAAAGGCCGGUGGUGAGUCCAGCUCUAGAUGAGUACCGGAGAUUGUCCACAGGUCGGGGCUGGCUGGGCAGAUGGUACUAGUAUGGCUUGAGUGUAUAAUAUGUGUGGUGCUGGCCGGAAUGCCUUAGCGAUCGAUCUGUGGUUUGUAAAGUGAUGUUAUUUAAUGUCUACCUCGAGCAUGUAUCCGAGUUGAUGUUUAACUUUGAACGAUAUUUUGCUGCCUGGUUGGUGGCACUAGCAUUGAACUCUGCCUAUUCCUUGCGCCAUAGAGGAUCCGCAAUAGAGAGAUGCGGGGUCCUGAGCGCCUGGGGAGCUGAUG